AUGCAAGCUUUCGUAAGUGGGAAGAAAAGGGUUGUAGCAAAUCAUCACGGCAUGUGUUUCUCAAAAGGAAAUCUUGAUCUCGGUGGUUCACGGUUGUUCUCUGAGGAUUUCCGAGAAGACCCUUUGAUUCCGGGACUGUCCGAUGACGUGGCGAAGCUGUGCUUGGCUCUUGUUCCGCGUGCGAGCUUCCCUUCCAUGGGAAGAGUCUGCAAGAAAUGGAGGUUUGUUGUCCAGAGCAAAGAGUUUAUCACGGUGAGAAGACUCGCCGGUAUGCUUGAGGAGUGGCUUUACGUCUUGACGAUGAGUGGUGGUGGAGGGAAAGAGAGCCAUUGGGAAGUCAUGGACUGUUUGGGACAUAAGCUAUCAUCUCUCCCACCGAUGCCUGGUCCUGCGAAGACAGGGUUUAAGGUUGUUGUCGUUGAUGGGAAACUUCUUGUGAUUGCUGGUUGCUCUAUGAUCAACGGUUCUCAUGUUGCAUCUUCUGAUGUUUAUCAGUUUGACACUUGCCUCAACAGUUGGAGCAGAUUAGCUGACUUGAAGGUAGCGCGAUUCGACUUUGCUUGUGCGGAAGUGAAUGGGCUUGUUUAUGUGGUGGGAGGUCACGGGGAAGACGGUGAGUCUCUGGCGAGUGCGGAGGUGUAUGAUCCAGAGAUGGGAACAUGGAGUUUCAUAGAGUCUCUGAGGCGUCCGAGGUGGGGAUGUUUCGCUAGCAGCUUCAAUGGGAAGCUCUAUGUGAUGGGAGGAAGAUCUAACUUCACAAUUGGAAACUCAAAACUUGUUGACGUGUACAACACUCAAUGCGGCUCCUGGUGUGGCAGCAAAAACGGUUUAACUAUGGUCACGGCUCAUGUUGAAGUAGGGAAGAAGCUGUUCUGUAUCGAAUGGAAGAACCAGAGGAAGAUGUCGGUGUUCGAUGCGGAUAAGGAGACCUGGGAAGUGGUGGCGCUUCCGCUGUCGGGAAGCUCGAGGGCUGGGUUUCAGUUUGGUAAGCUGAAUGGGAAGCUUCUGCUGUUUUCUUCUCAGGAAGAAAGUGGUCACGGCACUUUACUGUAUGAUCCUGAAGCUGCACCAGGCAGGCAGUGGGUAACAUCUGAGAUAAAACUGUCUGGUUCGUGUGUUUGCAGCGUCACAAUCACUGCCUGA